UCAUCGUUACAAUCAACUGGAUUAAUCAAACAUCUUAACACUUAACUUCACUACAAAGAGCCAUAAAUGAUGGAUAAUAACUCCUCUAUCAUAUCUCUUCUUUAUUGCAGAACUUUAAGUCCGCCAUCCAUCGCAAAUCUACAAUGGCCGAGGAAGGCAUCGCUGCCGGAGGUGUGAUGGAUGUCAACACCGCUCUCCCUGAAGUGCUCAAGACCGCACUCAUCCACGAUGGUCUUGCCCGUGGUAUCCGUGAGGCUGCUAAGGCCCUCGACAAGCGUCAGGCCCAUCUCUGUGUCCUUGCAGCCAACUGCGACGAGCCCAUGUACGUCAAGUUGGUGGAGGCCCUCUGCGCCGAGCAUCAGAUCAACCUGAUCAAGGUUGAUGACAAUAAGAAGCUCGGUGAGUGGGUUGGUCUCUGCAAGAUCGACCGUGAGGGCAAACCCCGCAAGGUGGUGGGCUGCAGCUGCGUCGUGGUCAAGGACUAUGGCAAGGAGUCUCAAGCCAAGGAUGUGAUUGAGGAGUACUUCAAAGCCAAGAAAUGAGAUGUCCAAUAAAAUGUGGAAAUGGAA